AUGUUUGCGACAAAGCCUUUGGGCGCCAAAUCUGGCGUGAAGCGAUGCAAGCGCAUGUCCAAUGCUGCGCCACGUGUUUCUCAGGCGUGUAAAGCUUGUGCGGGUUCCAAGCUUAAGUGUGACGAAGAUGCUUCCUGCAGACGUUGUGUGGCAAAGGGAAUUCCUUGUGAGCGAGAUACUCGAUUCACGGAAACAGGAGACAAAACGUCGCCGGAAACAAGCAUUCAGUCUACAAUAGAUCAAGAACUAUCGAUACCUGUCUUGGAACCGAGUCAUCUUACCCUGUCAGAAGAUGACUUCUCCAAAUUCCUCAAAGGCGUCAUGACACCCGUGGAAGGACAGGAGAGCCGCCCAAUCGAUCAAGCCGAUCUAACCAGCAUCAAUCAUCUUUACAAUCCGCUUCCGCCUCACGGUCUUCUGGACUUCCGGGUCGAUGGUGAUACCCGAUUCGACGAUGUCGCCAUGGAUCUUUGGGACUUGCCCUGCAGCCCAUCCUUUUACUACAACGGAAUCCUGCUGGAACCAAAAGCAUCCUUGCCCAUCAAUCCUGAUAUCCAACCGCCAAACCCAGUACGUCCAGCUGUGCUAGGCCAUGUGGCAUAUAAGGAAUCGGCACUUGGAAUGUGGGAGCCUUCACAAAAUGACCACCUAAACUCCAACAUAAAGGCUCUAUCAGUCCUCGGCGACAGCCCUCAGGACGCCAUCCAGCUUCACAGCUUGGAAGUAAGCAGUCAGCUGUUCAAACCACUCUCAGUUGGUCUGAGAGACCAAAUGCUGCUAUUAACCUUGAACGCUUGCAAGCCAGAAAGCAAACUCGCUAUCAUUAGAGCAUUCCCUCACUCUGAGAUUCUAUCUAAGCUCAUCGAGAGCUUCUUCUCUCACCACCGUGUCCAGGCUGACUCUUGGAUACAUGGCCCUUCGUUCGAGCCAAACCAACAGGGCGCAGAGCUUAUUCUCACCAUCGUCAACAUGGGUACAAUGUUUGCUGACUCUAAGAUCUUGCAUUCCCUCGGUUUUGCUCUCCAUGAGGUAGCUCGUUUGGCGUUGCCUGUGAUGUUUGAAAGAGCGAAUUCUAUGACUAGAGCUCUUUGGGCUCUUCAAGCGUUUAUUCUGGAUAUUGAGUUGGGGCUGUGGAGUGGUAUCAAGAGGAAGAUGGAGAUUGCAGAAAGCCACCGCCAAAUGCCCUUCACAAUGCUACGACGUGGUAGAAGGUUCAGCAAGACCUACACUCCCGCUGAUCCCCCAUUGCCAGAAGACGCAGGCGAGACCUUACAGAAUAAGUGGCUCACCUGGGUGGAGCAAGAGAAUUACAAUAGACUCACUUAUCAUUGCUUCAUCAUGGAUACUCAAGUCAGUAUUGCCAUGUCGACAUGUCCCCUAAUAUCCUUCUCGGAGCUCAAGACGCCUUUGCCCGAGUCUAAUGAUCUCUGGCUUGCCAAGGAUGCAGAAGCAUGGAAAGCUAUAUACCUAAAGCAGCAGCGCCAACCGACGAGACUUACACUAUAUGACUACUUCCGCAACGCCGCAGAAAUCGAUAGCAGCUACGAUGGUUCAUUCUGUCAACUUGUCGUCAUUUCGGGCAUCUGGGGAAUGGUUUGGCAAUGUCUACAAAGUAUUGCCGUGCUAGACAAGCCAAGACACUCGGACCCAGCAUUGACUCUUCGCCAGCAAGAAAUCCUCCAGAUAUUGCAUCGCUUUCGCGUCAACAUGAUGGGGGAUGAGGCGAGCUGGCAUGAUGGUCCGGUAACCAUGAUGUACCAUCUUGUGUAUAUGCACUUAUACAUCCCUUUUGAGGAGGUUGAGCUGUUUGCGGGCAAGGGACACCAAAGUGAUGCCCGGAACGCUCUGUCAGUGCUCUUAGACUGGACCAACAGCCCUGAGUCACGGAAAGCGAUUUGGUACGCGGGCCAGAUUAUAAGAGCAGCAGAGAUGUUCGAGCCCGGUCGUCUUCGGGGCUUUUACACUAUUGCACUAUAUCAAGCGAAUCUUACCCUUUGGGCCUAUGCGGUGGUGUCGCAGGUUAAGGGAACAAAUAAGAAUGACUCCGUUCUUAGCGAUGACGAGACGGUUUGUUUGAACGGGCCGGAAACUCCACUCGUGCAGAGGUUCAUCAGCCGAGGGGUGCCUUCGGUAGCAGUCAUACAACCAAGUGCACUUCAACAUGGCAAUUCUCCCAUUCGGCUGAUGGACCGGGAGGCGGUUGUGAACUACGUUCUCGGCAUUUUGAGUGCUAAUUUUUCUCAUGUUGAGGCUGUGCCGCCUUUGGUCGAGAACCUUGAGCAGCUUUUGGACAAACUGGGCCGAGCCGAAAUUGACGUGUAG